AUGGAACCAAAUUCAAACCUCAUUUUAUGUGAAAUUUUAUAAAGGUAGAAGUAUUUAUUAUAUUAAUCAAGAAUAGUCCAUUUUUUAAUUUUGAAAAAGAGGACUUGCAGUUGGCCAUAAUUAGUUAUAUUCUUUAAGAGAUCCUAAUUAAACUAUACUAUAAGAUACAAAAAAUUAUAUUAAUAAUUUUGA